AUGGAAAAGUUCGGCAAAACCCCUGAGGAGGAGCUGUCCGACCAGCAAAAGUCAACUCUCGAUUGGGCCCGGGAGUUCCUUCGGAGUUAUGAGGCGUCCAAAGAUAAACCGAGUGCAGCUAAGCGGCAGCGGUCUUCAGAGGAUCCUCAUAGCUCCAACGACCCCAAGAAGCAUAAAGUUUCCUCUGAGGUCAAACUACGCAAGUUCUGCGAAGUUGCCAGAGAUAGUCUGGUCAUGGCGGUGGUGGAUAAGAGCCACCCUGACGGUUUCAUCUCUCCAUCAAACUGGAAGAUUGUGGAGAGAAAACUUCAGUUGGGCUACCUGGACGUUCUGAAGCAGAACCCAGGACCCCCUCCUUUCUGCUCUGACGCGGGUUGGUUCCAAGCAAGGGUCAAGUUGAUCGCUUGCUCAGAUCAACGCUCUGUCAGCCUGUACGGCAAGGCCCUCGACCGACUCGGCGAGGUGUGGCCCGGAGCGAAGCUCCAACUAAUCAAGAAGAGCGAAAUUCCCAACAAACCUCGCGGCAGAGCAAGAAUACCUGUAGAGCCAUCCGAUCCGGAAACCAUCCUGGAGCUACUGAAGGUCGGAAACCCGAACCUACCCACCGAAAACUGGAGGGUAGUUAAGGUGGAAGAGCCUUCAGGAAACUCCAGACAUGUCACGCUGCUCCUGGACCAGGAAAGCGUUAAAGCACUGGACGACCGUAAGGGGAUUGUGGCAUUCGGGUUCACUACAGCUACCAUCUGGACCUAUCAGCCGAAAAACCUCCUCGCACCCAGCGAAGAGAGUACGGCGGCCCCCAAGAUGGAUGUCGAUAAGCCUCUCUCACAAGCUUCGACGAUUGAGUCCGACUCGGAAUCAAACAGCGAACUUGUGGGAAACUUAUUUAACAUUCAACUCGAGGACGAGGAUAGUCUUUUAGAUAGCGGUGAUGACGCGAACGCCACAGUCGUUGAAUGUCCCAAUGCUGACACCACUGCCAUUGAGGUUGAAGCAGUCCACGGCCCGAUUUGGAUUGUGUCGGCUUACAUGCCUUACGACGCAGCGGAGGCGCCUCCUCCUGAAGCAGUGAGGAGGCUCGUCAAUACGGCGCAUCUGAUCCAGAAACGCGUCAUUAUUGGAGCAGACGCUAAUGCACAUAAUACUGUUUGGGGCAGUACAAACAACAACACACGAGCGACAUUCUCCACAACGACGGUGACUGCGGCAUACGCACAGACAAAUAAUAACGAUUCAGAUGACAUGAGCGAUCAGUGCAGCCUCACACAGGCCGGCCUCGAAGAGUACAACAUACGCGCCUCAUCCUAUUACGAUCAGCCAGCGAUGUUGUUCCAUCAUCAGAAGCAAUCGUCGUAUGCACAAUCGGAGGGGUAUCACAGUUAUGUCUCCAGUUCAGAUUCCAGUUCGGCCACACCAUUCCUGGACAGGCUACGCCAGGAAAGCGAAAUGCUGUCACGCCAAUCCUCCCACCAUUGGUCGCAAAAUGACUUGUCCUCUGUGUCAUGCGCCUCGAUGGCACCUUCACCCACACCGCUACUGCUCUCCACAAUUGGUCGUGACGCAACGGUCACAGGGAGCAGCAGUAGCAACAGCGGCGGCAAUCAGCAGCAACACAAUAAUAGUUCGGAGAGCACCUCAUCCACGGAGACGCUCAAAUGGCUGGGGUCCAUGAGCGACGUGUCCGAGGCCAGUCAUGCUACUGGCUAUUCAGCCAUCUCGGAGUCGGUUUCCUCGUCCCAGCUGAUUGUGCAUAGUUCGCGCGUGUUGACCCCGAAACGGCAUCAUAGCGAAAGCGUAUUGUAUCUGCAUGACGAGCACCAACAGCAGCAGCAGCAACAGUCGUUGUUGUCGUCGCCGCAACAGCACUCGCCCAGCGCGUCCAAACAGAUCAGUCCAACGUUGUCCGCGUCAGAAUGCACACAUUCGCCCACACGACUGGCGCCUCAAAGAGCCGCGUUGCUACCCAAUCAUCGUCAUAGCCCCAGCUACCCGCCUGUACACGCCACCGCUGCCAUGCAUCCCUAUCAGCCACAUCCCCAGUAUGCGGUGCGCCAGCAACCACAAUCAUUGUCGCAUAAAUUACUGGCCGUUUCACCACAAAUGGAGGCGUUAAAUAGUUCCUUGAGUGCGAGCAGUGCCGAUAGUGGCCAACUUAGCGCGCUCAGUGCGAAGACGUCGCCGCUGGCGGCAACGCUGGCUGAUGCGCCAAAUUCAGCGCCAUCACUAACACAAAACACAAGCAUAUCUGUGACAAUGACGCAAGAGGAGCCGGAAGCGGAAACGCACACCGCGCCUGCGUCACAAAUGUCUGCCUUAGCAACAAGUCCAAACGCCAGCGGCAGCAGCAGCAGCAGCGGUGUAUCCAAUUCAAUUGUGGAAGUUAUUGCUGUUGGCGCGGUUGGCUCGGCGCAUUCGCCUGGCAGCACCAAUUCUCAGCUCAACGCAUCCACGACUUCGUUAGCGUCGGCAGUGUCUUCGGCAUCCGCGUUGCUGCCACAAUCCUAUCGUAGCAAUCAUCGGCUUUUUCCGGUGAGCACCUACACUGAGAAGGUGCACAACAACACCUCGCAAUUUGUGCUGCAUCCCAAACCGCAGUAUAGCGCGGGCUUGCCGAAACCGUCACAGCAACAGCAACAGAAGCCACAGCUGCCGCUAAAACAGGCGCCGCAGCCGCCAGGGUCAGCGACAUUAGCAGCAAAGUACUUGGCAUCGCCAACCAGCCCACCCCAGCCGAGUUGGCAAUCUGUCGCUGAGCUGAUUAACGAUUUCGAGCGCACUAACAAUGAACCACAGCCACAGAAGUACACCUAUAUGGAUCCAAGCAAAACGCAUCGCGUCUCAAAUCCAGCGCUGAAAGCAUUCCAAAAGAAUGCCGUGCAAUCGUAUUUUGAGCGACAACAACAACAACAACAGCAACAUGCCAAAGAACAUGGUCAGUCGCAAAAAAUAUAUCAGCCACUUAGUGCGCAUGCGCAGCACCACCAUCAGCAACAACAACAGCAACAUUCACCACCGCAACAACAACAACUGCAACAACAGCAACAUUCGCCGUCACAGUCAUCGCAUCACACAUCGUCCGCAGCACAUCAAGCACUUUUACGUCCGCAUUCCUAUCAGUCGAACAUGAAAGAAUCUGCCACGCAACAUCAAAUCAUGCGCAGCUCGCUGCCAAACUCCUAUGGUGCGCAGCACAAUCACAUGACUGGCGGCGUUUUUCAGCAACAAACAUCCUCACAACAGCUGCCUAUGCGUUUGUGCGCACCGCCGCCGCCACCACCACCAGAGAAGCACACCAGUAGCCAUGGCAGCAAUAGCGAGCGCACCGCAUUCACCUCAGUGCCAUUAGGCGGUACCGUCGGCACAGCUAGCAGUUACAGCGCCCUGGUUACAAAGCCGCCCUCGCCUGCGCCACCGCCGCCGCCGCCACGUUCGCGCUCACUCAUGCCACACACACUGUUGCGACGCUCCUCUUCCGCCUCAGAUUAUGCAGAAUUUCGUGAUCAGUAUACGCGCGCAACGCAAGAGAAACUCGCCGCGCAAUCCGUGAAGAACAUUUCUAGCUCUGAAAAGUCCUCCUUCAAUGACUGUGGCAUGCCACCGCCACCACCACCACCACGUGGUGCACGUCCCACCAAUCUACUACCCACUCGUCGCACUUCCUCCGCCGCCGAGUAUGCGGCUGCUAUGCGUGAGAAAGCGCUGCUACAGCAAGCGGCUGCUUUGGCGCAUCAGCAACAUCAUCCACAUCAACAUGCGCGACCACCCAACUAUGCGCCACAAUACUACAAUCCAGCGCUGCCUUUGCCGGCGGCCGCCAUUGAACCCGGUUGGGUGCCCGAACGACCGCCAAAGAAUCCGAACCUGCGUGUGCCUUCACCUGAUUUGCCGCCAUUGCCACCCAGUGCGGACUUGGAUACGCAACUCGCUGACGAGCCAUUGCCACCGCCACCACCUGAGCUGCUGCAACAACAACGCCAUCAAUACCAACAACAACAACAACAACAACAGCAGCAGCAACAGCUGCAGCAGUACUAUGACCUGAAUGCGUCGAUGAACACCAGUUGUGAAUUGCUACCGAAAGCACCCUCGCCCAAUCGGCGCAAUAGCUUCGCCGGUUCUUCAUCGCGUAAAGCGUACUUCAAUCGCACUGGUUCCGAGAUGUCAUCAUCACAAUCAGCCGCAAAAGUGCCGCCGCUCAUACCGAAGAAGCCAAAUAACAUUGACGCGCUGCAUGCAGUGCGUCAACAGCAGCAGCAGCAGCACCAACACGCACAACAGCUGACCGCCAAGCUGCUAUUGAACGGUGGCAUGCCGCAGACGCAGCAACAUUCGCCACCACCGCCAUCAACGCAGUCUGCAAUGGCGAGCGCAGCAAAUCCAAAGCUGUCAGCCAAUCGUAAACGACCGCACAAUCCCGCGGUGAGCAGCUUCAAUGUGCCGCCGCCGAUUAUGGAGAAUGUGCAGCAGCCGCCACAGCAGUUGGGCAGCAGCAAAUCGCCGGCAAGCACGAACGCUAUACUGAAGUCUUCGCCACCGCCACCGCCGCCUCCAUUAAUGCCGCGCUGCAUGCCAAAUCAGACGUCAGUGAAUAACAACAGCCAGAAUAACAUCAGCGGUAAAGCAAGGAAUGUGCGCGCUCGCGAUCACCAACAUCCCACCACACGAAUAGCCUUCAGUGCCUCUUUACCAGUGCCAACCAUUUCGGGCAACACUCCCCUACGUGUUUGCUCACAGCUCGACUGCCUGGAAUUUGGUCCAGUUCAAGCCGUAGCACACCGGCUCAGGCCAGCAGCAGUGAUUGGCUGCCAAAGACCCACCACCAGGCUGCCAAUAUCGCGCGCAGCGUUCACAAUCACAUUCCGCCUUCGUCCGCCUGCGCGUUGGUGUUAA